AGUUACUCGCUUGUGGACAAUGUGGAUUGUAUUAAAUUUUAUAACACGUCUGUUUUAUAAAAUGACAUUUCUCAUGUGACAGGAAAAUGUUGAGACUGUUGGGACGAGAUAUAUUGAACGCACAACUGCGCAUUUUAGAUCACCGGUCGUUUACAAAUGGAGAAGUAAAUAAUUUCCUUAAUGAAUUUGAGUUGAAGCGCAACGAGUGCGAAGUAGAAAAUCUUUUCAAAGUGACCGAAAUUACAGGCGACCUUAAAUACGAUUUGUUUGGACGCUGUGAUAUUUUGAGCACAAGACAUUUAGGACAACUUAAUCGAGAAGUAAAUGAUGUAUUACUUGGUGUAGAAGAGUUUCUUAACAAAGUCCAAUCGGGGAAGAAGGUAGGUAUUAACAUUACAAGGGCCGAGUUAUUGCUAAUAUCGGGAAAAUCGCGCGAUUUUUUAUUAAAAAUUUUCAUUAUCAAAUCAUACGUUUUCUACAUUUGUGUACUUUUAUUAUUAACUAACACUUCGGACGAUUACCACGAUGCCAAAGUAGCGAAGUUACUCGACAUCGCCGCAUCGUCGCGUACUAUUCAAGGCGAACUAUACAAGAACUCUUGUGAUAUUGACCGCGAUCCAUCAAUGCUACACGGCACGAUCCAGGAUGGGAAUCCAAAUAUCGCGAUCCGUAUUGAUGGUAAGACAGGCGCCUAA